AUGUCAUCGAGCGAUGUUCGUAAACGGCAAUUCGAUUCAUAUGCAGACGCUGAUCAGACAUUUGCUGUCACUGGAACAACAGCAGGAAUCGGAGUCGAAACAGCGAAAUCGUUGGCUUUACAUGGAGCUCAUGUCGUGAUGCUCAAUCGAAAUGUAGCUGAAUCCGAAAAAUUGAAAAAUAAAAUAAAGGAAGAAGUGGCUGAUGCAAAGAUUGAUAUAAUUGAAUGUGAUCUGAAUUCGUUGAAAUCGACGAAGAAAGCAGCUGAUGAGUAUAUUGAGAAAGGAUGGCCAAUUCAUUGUCUGAUUCUUAAUGCUGGUGUUUGUGGGACUGCCUCACCGAAAACCUCCGAUGGAUUGGAAUCUCACUUUGGAAUCAAUCAUCUCGCCCAUUAUCUCUUGAUCCAAAAACUUCUUCCAACUGUCCGUCAAUCAUCUCCUGCCAGAAUUGUCAUCCUUUCAUCUACUGCAAAUCAACGGACUGCAAUUGAUCCUUCUCUGCCAAACGAAGAAAAACUCAAAAUUCUCUGUCCAGAAGACCCAUCCGAAUCCAACUGGUAUCGUUUCUAUGCUCGUUCGAAGAUGUGUAACACGUUGACUGCAUUCAAAUUGCAUCGAGAUGAGCACUCAAAUGGAAUCAGCACAUAUUCAGUUCAUCCAGGAGCACUCAUCAGAACCAGUAUAUUCAGAGACUCGUGGUUGGCUUGGUUCGGAAGUAUUUUGAUAUCUCCAUUCACGAAAUCGAUUAGUCAAGGAGCAGCAACUACAUUAUACUGUGCAACUCAUCCAGAAGUUGCAAAUGUUUCUGGAAAACAUUGGGAUUCUUGUUGGGAUGAUGAAUCUAAACUAGAUAAGGCAUUGGCUAACGAUGAAUCACUUCAAGAUGCUCUUUGGACUCAUUCGGAUGAACUUUUGAAGAAACUUUUGUAA